AUGCGCUCACUCUUGUCCCUGGUUCCGCUGGCUCUCCUUGCCCGCUCUGCGUACGGCAUCUCCUGGUCACUCAUUCUUGGCAAUGACAACACUUGGGUCCAGCAAAAGUAUACCGUGACGGUACCCCCGCCGCCUCCUGCCGGAGUGACUGACGGUCCCUGGUACUUCUGGUGUGGCCUUCAGCCUAGCGGAGGUGGAGUGAUUCAGCCUGUCCUUGGCUGGAAGACGAGCGAGAACAACAUCAUAAACCCGGGUGCGUCGUUCCCCCAUGUUUGGGCAAUGAAUCUUUGGUCGCUUCCCUGGAACUAUGGCCAGGAUGGCGCCCCAACAACCCAAGAAAGUGCCGGGAUCUGGGCAGAUCAAGGAGCACAGAUUGCAUCCACUGUGACGUGGGAGAAUGGCCAGUGGUAUCAGCAGGCGAACGUCCUUAACGGUCAAGCUGCCGGGCAAACCGUGGAGAUGUAUACCCCUGCGAGUUACUUCUUGGGCGACAACGCGUCGGGAGACAACACGCCAAUGACUGUUUGCGAAUCCGAGCUUGAUGGGGGCCAAACUUCUCAGUGGGAUUUCAGUGUCACCUUCACCGACAUCUACUUCGAAGCAGCAAGCUCCGACGGCGUUGAGAGUCUCUGCGCUUCUGCGAUCGACCACUCCGAUGGCAACGGGUAUAUCAGUUUCACUGGAUUCAGCAUGAUCGACAAUAAGACUUGCUACUGGUCAUCGAUUACGCUCUCUCCCCAGUGAAUGCUGCCAAGUUGGAGGUGAUUUAUUAGCUACCAGUGCUUCAAAUACUAAACAGGACCUUCAUAUAC